AUGACCACUCCCGCCCUGCUGCCGCUCUCCGGGCGGAGGUUGCCCCCCCUGAACCUGGGGGCCUCCACUUUCCCUCACCACAGGGCUACCUUGAGACUCUCCGAAAAAUUUAUCCUGCUCCUUAUUCUUAGUGCCUUCAUCACCCUGUGCUUCGGGGCGUUCUUCUUCCUCCCCGACUCCUCGAAGCACAAGCGCUUUGACCUGGGCUUGGAGGAUGUGCUCAUUCCACACGUGGAUACUAGCAAAGGGGACAAGAACCUCGGCGGCUUCCUCAUCCACGGGCAGGGGCACGACGAGCACCGGCACAGAGAAGAAGAGGAACGUCUGAGAAAUAAGAUCCGAGCAGAUCACGAAAAGGCUCUGGAAGAGGCUAAGGAGAAAUUGAAGAAAUCGCGGGAUGAGAUUCAAGCUGAGAUUCAGACAGAGAAGAACAAAGUCGUGCAAGAGUUGAAAAAGAAAGACAGCAAGCCACUGCCCCCUGUUCCUUUACCAAACCUCAUAGGGGUAAACAGCGGAGAACCAUCAGACCCGGAUAUCCGAGAGAAGAGGAACAAAAUCAAAGAGAUGAUGAAGCAUGCCUGGGACAAUUAUAGGCAGUAUGGCUGGGGACAUAAUGAGCUCAAGCCAAUUGCCCGGAAAGGACAUUCCACGAACAUAUUUGGAAACUCACAAAUGGGUGCUACCAUAGUAGAUGCAUUGGAUACUCUUUAUAUCAUGGGCCUGCAUGAUGAAUUCAGAGAAGGACAAGAGUGGAUUGACAAAAAUCUUGAUUUCAGUGUGAAUUCUGAAGUGUCUGUGUUUGAGGUCAACAUUCGCUUUAUUGGUGGUCUCCUGGCAGCAUAUUACCUUUCAGGACAAGAGGUUUUCAAGAUCAAAGCUGUGCAGCUGGCAGGAAAACUUCUUCCAGCCUUCAACACACCUACGGGUAUACCAUGGGCAAUGGUGAAUCUGAAAAGUGGUGUGGGUCGAAACUGGGGCUGGGCUUCUGCUGGCAGCAGCAUCCUCGCUGAGUUUGGAACUCUGCAUAUGGAAUUUGUACACCUCAGCUAUUUGACAGGGGACCCUGUAUACUACAACAAGGUCAUGCACAUUCGGAAGUUACUUCAAAAAAUGGAUCGUCCUAAUGGACUUUAUCCAAAUUAUUUGAAUCCAAGAACAGGCCGGUGGGGUCAGCAUCACACAUCCGUGGGCGGGCUGGGAGACAGUUUUUAUGAAUAUUUAUUGAAAGCCUGGCUUAUGUCAGACAGGAUGGACACGGAGGCAAGGAAAAUGUACGACGAUGCAAUUGAGGCCAUAGAAAAGCAUCUCAUCAGGAAGUCCAAUGGAGGACUGACCUUCAUUGGGGAGUGGAAGAACGGGCACCUUGAAAGAAAGAUGGGCCAUUUGACCUGUUUUGCAGGGGGAAUGUUUGCCCUUGGAGCAGAUGGUUCCAGAGAUGACAAAGCUGGGCAUUACUUGCAACUUGGAGCUGAAAUUGCACAUACAUGUCAUGAGUCGUAUGACAGGACAACAUUAAAGCUGGGUCCGGAAGCAUUCAAAUUCGAUGGUGGUGUUGAGGCAGUGGCAGUGCGACAGAACGAGAAAUAUUACAUCCUGAGACCGGAGGUGAUUGAGACAUACUGGUAUAUGUGGAGAUUCACCCAUGAUCCCAAGUACAGGCAGUGGGGCUGGGAGGCAACACAGGCAAUUGACAAGUAUUGUCGAGUCAGUGGUGGCUUUUCUGGUGUCAAGGAUGUCUAUUCCUCAUCUCCUACGUAUGACGACGUACAGCAGAGCUUUUUCCUUGCUGAGACUUUGAAGUAUUUGUAUCUGCUUUUCUCCAAUGAUGACCUUCUACCAUUAGACAACUGGGUUUUUAACACAGAAGCUCAUCCUCUGCCCGUUUUACAUCUAGCCAACACCACGCUGUCAGGAAAUCCUGCCUAUCGAUAAAAACAGCUCUGUGAAGAGGAAGAGAGACUGUUUUCAGCUCUGUUUUGUUUACAUGGACCACUUGAGACUUUAAGCAGGAGAGGAAACAGACACUUGAUAAAACUAGACCUCUAAUUCAACCGGCGUGAGAAACAAAGCUCUUCAACAUACAGAUAAGUUAAAAGUUCUG